UCACUGCCAAUACUAGUUUAAAAUAAAAAUAAAUAAAAAUUCCAGUAUUUAUACCAUAGUUUGUAGACGCCAGGGGCGGACUGACAACUCAUGGGGCCCCCGGGCAAUAGGGGAUCAUGGGGCCCCUGUGUCCUUGCCCAAACUCAAAAAGCCUAUGAAAAAGGUACCAGGGGCAUCUCAUGGGGCCCCCUACUGACCCCAGGCCCACGGGCAGUGCCCAAGUGCCUGAAUGGUCAGUCCGCCCCUGCGUGG